GCUAAUAAUCAUGCAGAAAUGUAAAUUCAGCGGGGAAACUGGGUCCGCUUUCGAUUCUCGGAAUCGGUCGAUGCGAACUCGAGUACAUCUUGAAACAAUUGUGUAUACUUGGAUAAAGAUUCCAUCGAACAAUAAUUGAAAACAACGCUUGAUUACAAGCAGCCAUCAUGGGAAGACAUCACAAGCCUGCAGAUCUGCCUUCAAGUUCAAGUUAUCCUACAGGCUUCAGUCGAAGUCCUUUUACGAUAAGGGAAGUAAGGUGUUACAUUUGGUGGCCCGCAAAUAAGAUUCCUUCAGUUAUUCCGCUUGCUGUCAUCGUGUGCUUCUUUAUCUGCGUAAUUUGCUUCUGGCGAUUACCUGAAGAUCAUGAUGAGUACCCUGAUGGCUUUACAUGUCCAAACUCAACAUACAAGAUUUUAGACGACAGAAAUGUGACCAUCAGUUGCAAGCCUUGCCUAGAAUGUCCUUUGGGGCAACAGCUUCUACUGCCAUGUGGCAGCACAACACAAUCAGAAACCUCUAUAGCGUGUAGGAAAUGUCCACCAGACACUUAUAAAGAAAGCCAGGGUAAAGGCAAGUGUAAACCAUGCCAAACCUGUGGACUCAGAGAGACCAUCAGCCAGUGCACACCAGAGAAGAAUACACAAUGUGGCGAAUGUCCUCGGGGAUACUAUCAAGAAGACUAUACGUUGGAUUCGUGUAAGAGGUGUUCUACGUGUUGUGGGGUCAGACGCUUUGCUGAGUUAGAAUGCAUUUACCUGAAACAAUGCGUAAGAAAAAACUGCACCCUGCAACUGAAAAUCAAGGAGAGCAGUGUCCUAAAGUCGGAGGAUUUUGCCAAACUGUUUGCAACGGAAUCAACUGGACCUGAAAGAGCAAUGACACAACGAAGUGCUUCUCAAAGUGAUAAUCCAACACAUGCAAGAAAUUGGGUAUUGGAGAACAUAGUACCCCAGUUAAAGAAAUCUAAAUCUAAAAGAGAGGUUAACGUGAAAAUGCAAAGAUAUGGUGGCAAAAAUGCUUCUCAGGUAGUCGAGGAAGGAACUACUUACGCUGUUAAAGGGAAUAAUUCAAAUCCCGCUACCAUAGCCUCUGUUGAAAACAGUGUGGCCGGCAGUUUGGUAACUCUUCAAAGCAAACUGCAGGAGAGUUUUGGAACUACUUUUAAUGAUUCUGUCAGGGAGCCAACAUUGCAAUCGACAUCAAGCAAUUCUGGUAAAGAAAAUAAGCUACUGACCAUUCUAAUUGUACUCGUAGCCGGAUUCGUGGGCAUUGCAAUUAUCCUGGUUUUAAUUGGAGUGAUUAUAUUAUUGAGGAUGCAGUCUGGGCAUUUUCCAGGAAGUGGUUGUACUAUUACAUGUUGUGCAAAAUAUAUAUCAAUAGAUGGCGACGAAUACCGACCAUUCCUUCGUGACAGAUCUCUGACAGAUUCUGAUUGUCAAGAAAUCACUCACAUCAGUGACAGUGGGGUUGACAACUCCUCUGAGAAAAGUACAGAUACUGGUGACCUUGAAAGUCUUCCUUUGUCUGAGUUACCUCCAACCCUUGAAAACAUACUUAUAAAGACACUAGAUUUGCGCCACAAAGGUGAAUAUGGGUGGAAAAAAUUGGGAAAGGCUUUUGGAAUUAACAACGUUGAACUAGAGUACCUGGAAACUGCGUACAAAAGGAGUGUAGAAAGUCCUACGAAAGAACUGUUGGAAAUACUAAAUACGAGUCAUCGUGGAACUGUUGGUGACCUACUAAACAAAUUAAAAGGUUCACAUGUAAACCAACCAGCUGUUGCUCUGCUAAUAUGUGAGAAAUGGCAAGAAAUUAAAUAUGUUCAGGCCAGGAAAUAACUUUAGUAGAGCAGAUAUUUGCGUUGCACCACUAGGCUUAAAUCGUAGAAUGGUAUGAAUGAUAAGUGUGUUAAAUAAAUCUUACAAUAAUAUAAAAAGCAUAGAUGUUGGAAGAUGCUGGUUCAGACGUAAAUGUUAUUAUCAGACAUAAAUGUUAUUAUAAAACAUGUAAAAUUCACUUCUAGUUUCCAAUAUGUAAUAUUGUUUUACAUAUCAUUUACAAAGGAAACCUUAUUUAAUUAUUUUAUCACGGCAAGGUAUUUUUUCUUCCAGGGGAUGCCUCAAAUCAAAGAGAUAAUUUACCUUGACACCAUAUACAUCAAAUUCAAACUAUACCAUCAGAAACUCGUUGUGUGUGUAUAUAUUUCUCUGAGGUGCACAAUUUUGACAAGGGUGCACGAGACAAUUAUUAAAGGACAACUGGUGUAUCAAAGUUUGUGUUACCAAUGGUGACUACUAUUUUACGAGUAUUAGUGUAAUGUUUCUAAGAGAGAAAUGUAGACGUACAUGCAAAAUUCUUUAAAAUGCUGUAAGAAGUACUCAGUAACAGACCUGUAUGUACAAAUGGACUAGUUUAAGAAACGUUAUUGGGUAAUAGAAUUGUAGAAUUAUUGGACUGCUUAAAUUGUAAAAACCCAAGAUAUUAAUUUUUAACCACAUUUUACACUUUUAUAACAAAUUCACGUAAACAGGCCAUUAAUGUACGUGCCUAAGAAACUGACCAUCUUAGUACGAGAAAAGAAAUUAUACAUACUCAAAAAAGGA